UCCUUCUUAGAUGCAAUUUUAUGCGAUCCUAUAUUUUAUGCCUGCCAGGUAGUAGCCGAAUAUGCCGAUAUUCCAAUUCAGAUUGAUGUAUCUCCCCUUGGAAUUGGGGAACCGUUUACUUCGUUACAUCAUAUUCCAAGCCCUCCAGCUUAUAUCCCUCAAUAUAGCCUGGCAAGCAAAAUGAACCUCAUUGAGCGUACAGCGAAUGUUAUUAUUAACCUUAUAUUAUUACCAGCCCUCAACCAUUUGAUUUUCAAACCAAUUUAUGCAGUUACAAAUGCAAGCAAACUUGGAUUAAAAACCAUUCCUCGAUAUGAAGUUAGAAGAGCAAGUUUUCUUAUAGCUAAUGGUGAUUUUGCAAUCGAUUAUCCUCAGCCUUUAACACCAAGUAGCAAGCUUGUUGGACCUAUUCUAGCCAAACCAGCACAGUCAUUACCUACAGACCUAGAACGGUUUAUAACGUCUAAUCCAAAGGGUGCUAUCGUAGUAUCCUUUGGCACAGUUGUAACAGCCUUAAAACAUAUCGUGGAUAUGCAAAUCUUUUUCUAUGCCUUUCGUCGGCUACCUUAUAAUGUCAUCUGGAAGUAUGAUGAAGAAUUGCCCGAUGAAGUUGCCUCUAGGAAUCUUAAAUUAGUUCAAUGGUUACCACAAAAUGAUCUAUUAGGCCAUCCACAAGUUAAAGCAUUUGUUACCCACUGCGGCUAUAACGGCAUUCUUGAAGCUGGUUAUCAUGGCGUACCUAUGGUUGGAAUCCCAAUAGCUGGAGAUCAAAUUGCACAUGCUAACAAAAUUACAGCUAGAACUAUUGGGGUUAUUUUAAAUAUAAGAACUCUAGCAAGUGAUGAUUUAUAUAAUGCUGUCAUGAAAGUAACUAGCGAUCAGGAUAUUCUCGGCAAUGCUUCUAAAGUAUCAAAAAUAAUAAAGAAUAGACCUAACGGUAGGAAACCCGUUGAAGAAGCAGGCGAUUGGGUUGAAUAUGCUUUAAAUUGUAACGGAGGCGAUUAUUUACGAACAGAGGAAUAUAACUUGAAAUGGUAUGAGUUCUAUCUAUUGGAUGUAUUUGCGGUGAUGAUUGCGAUCUGUUAUUUGAUUGUGAAAGUAUUGAGACUUUUAUGGAAUGGAAUGGUGAUGCUAUGCAGUGAUAAUAAGAAAGCUAAGGUUAAAGCGUCAUAA